AUGUCAAAUGAUAUCAGACCAGCUCAGUCUGCAACGCAAUUUGAAGCAAUAAUAACGUCAUCUUCGGAAACAGAAAUAGAAUCCAAAUCCGAAAUAAAUAAAGUAGCGAAAAAUGAUGCAACUGAUAUAAAUCCACCCAAGACAUCAAAUAUCACUAUUAAUAAAUCAGUACACGUAGAUAAGUUGGGAAGUAACUCAGCAUAUUUAACCCCAGAUCUUGUAAACUUACACCAACCAUCAUUUGGGAAUGAUGGUUUUUUACAGGAUGUAUCACCAGGUAUUUUCAGUAUGAGAACAGUCUCGACAUCGGCUUUGAAUGAUGGACUAUAUUGGGAUAGCAGUAACAAUGAAAAUAUUGGACAUAUGAAUAAAUUUACCUCCAACUUGCAAAAAGUAAAGACAGAUGCUACACCUCUUAAUAAAAUAUAUGAUAUAACCGAAGGAACGACGUUAGCGAUGGAAAGUCAAAUUGUACAUGGUUCUGAGGAUAGUCGGUUAUCCACAUAUAACAACCAAUUGACAAAGAUGGAUAUAAAUAAAGUAUCACCAUUAUUCAAAACACCUAUGGCGCCUCAGAUAGAUGAAGCAGCACAGAUGCUCAGAUCCGAGAUAUACCAAAUACCAAAUUUUGUUGGAAGAAAACCUCUUCCUGUCACCAGGAAUAUAUCUCCUAUGAAUAGUACUAUUCAUAAAGAAAACCCAGAGGAAACAUCUAGUCCAUUUUCACAGGAAUUUCCUGCCAGUAGUUCGCCUAUAAAAUUAUGUGCAUAUAAAAAACAUCCAACCGAUUCUGGGAACGUUUAUAUGGAUAACCCAUUUAUGCUAUCGGGAGGUAUGUCUCCAAUAAAGAUAAGAGAUCAUACCAAUGAUUACUCUAACAUAAACAGAUGGGCUACUGAAUCUGAAGCUUCUUUUGGUGGUUCAGAUAUCGAAAAGGAUAGAGCUGAGUCACCUCACCCUGAUAUCCCUAACAGCAUGGAAAAAGAAAUGCCUUUCCAACAUGCGUAUCAUGAUUCGUCGAUUUCUCUUAAUCUAAGAGCACCUAAAUUUACUGAAGUUUUCAGUAUUUGGAAAAUUAUUGUGGUACUCUUAACAUGUAUUAUAAUGCCACCAUUCUUUUAUAUAAUAUAUUAUGCAGAUCGUGGUGGUAUAUCCAGUCGUAUGAUUUACAAAUUGAUUCUAAAUAAAGAGUACCUUCGAGACCCACUAAACAAUUUCUAUUGGGACGUGGAUAUAACGUGGUUUAAAAAACUGUGUUUCUGGCUAGGACUACUGGAACUCCUCAUAAUAUCAGCCUGUAUCUGUAUCGGAUUUGGAGUAGGUUUAACUAGAGAUUAA